AUGGAAGACGAUGCAUCAUCAAGCUUGCUUUCUAAUGGCAAGACGAACAUUGUAACUUUUCAAAUUUCAGAUUCAUUUGAUAGCAAUUAUCCUCCUUUUUGUGCAAGCAAACGUCCAAGACUAGAGCAUAAUAAUAAUAAUAAUAAUGCACCAAAAUUCAAAGGGGUGGUGCAACAACAAAAUGGACAUUGGGGUGCACAAAUAUAUGCAAAUCAUCAAAGGAUUUGGUUGGGGACAUUUAAAUCUGAGAAAGAAGCAGCAAUGGCAUAUGAUAGCGCAGCGAUAAAGCUUCGCAGUGGAGAUUCAUGUAGAAAUUUUCCUUGGAAUGAAAGGAACAUUCAAGAGCCUAACUUCCAAAUCCAAUUUAGUGCACAAGUGAUUUUGAAUAUGAUUAGAGAUGGGUCUUACCAACCAAACUUUGCUGAUUUUCUUAAGACACAAUCUAGAAGACAAGGACUUGCGGGCACAAGUAGUCUUGAGAAUAAUAGUAUUCAAACAUAUGGUGAUGGACAAUUUUCAUGCAUACAGCUUUUUCAAAAAGAAUUAACACCAAGUGAUGUGGGUAAACUUAAUAGACUUGUUAUCCCAAAAAAAUUUGCCAUUAAAUAUUUUCCUUAUAUUAGUGGAAAUGUCGAAGAAGAUGCUGGAAUAGAGGAUUUGGAACUUGUAUUUUUUGAUAGGCUAAUGAAGUGUUGGAAGUUUAGAUAUUGCUAUUGGAAGAGUAGCCAAAGUUAUGUUUUCACAAGAGGCUGGAAUAGGUUUGUGAAGGAAAAAAAUUUGAAGGAGAAAGAUAUUGUAACAUUUUAUGCAUGUAUAGGCCCAAAUACGGUACAAGAAGGGCAGCAUUUUUCCUUAAUUGACAUAAGUUAUAGCAAUGGCCAAAGUUGUGUCGCUGAUGACGGAGUUAGCCAUAUCGAGGAGAUGCAGAAAGAUCUGGAAUUGAAUUUGGGACAAACAAUCAGAAACAAAUUCCACAAACAUGAAGAAAAAGGAGAGAAUGGUUUUAGAGAAUUGGAAUUGAAAAUUAGUUCCAAGAGCAAAGGAUUGAGGCUUUUUGGUGUGCAAAUUAAUUGA